GUGAGGACGCAAGUCACGUGGUCAGCGAUGUAAAUAAACACAUUCCUCGAGUGUGAGGCUGACACUGCAGGGAUGGUGGAAGAAAACCUAAUAAAAUAGAUGAAGAAACAUUACAAAACACCGCGAACGCGGUAGAAGGAGAGAAGAGAGCCAGGCAAUGAAGGCGGCCCAGUAGCCAAGAAAAGUCUCUCCAUGUCGAGCCCUUUUUGAGGCAAUACUGAGCUGAAUAAAUCCUUCACACAACCUGCACGGACCAUCAAGAAGAAGAAUUGCAGAGGAAUUGUCAGCAUUAUUUAAGAAACAGUAAAGUAUCUCCAGAGCAACAAUGGAUUCUUUGGAGUUUAAUAUUUCGCCAAAUAAGAAGAUAUCUCCUCGGAAAGGUCGUCGUGCCUUGGGCAUGGGGUCAGAUUCUAUGGGCUUUGAUGAUGACAUAGGUGUUAAUGGCUCUCCACUAACAUCAAAUGCACCAUCACCAAGGAAUGUCCUUGCCUCAGGGCCUCCAGCGGGACGACGGGCUGGAGGUUGGGCCAACUCUGCUAAAGUUGGGGGUUUUGGACCACCACUGGAAGAUAGAAGGUUUCGGCGUAACUCGGACUCUGAUCAAGACAUGCCUGUAAUACCAGACCUUGAUGAUGUGGUGGAAGAGGAUUUUACUCAACAGAUUGCUAACGCCCCAAGUGUUGCCAUCAACCUUGUUGCCACAUAUAAGGAGCUGGACUCAGACUUGCUGCGUCAUGCUGCAUUUUCAACCUUGGAUGAUAUAGACCUGCGAAUCCUCGCCAACGGCCUGGCAAACGAGGCUGAUAUACGAGAGCCGGACAUUGAAUGGAAGUGGGAUACAAUCUUCACCGAGGUGUCAUCAGACCUACGCACUGAGUGGGAACCAAGUGACGAAUCCAGUGAGCGUGAAACAUCUUAGUAAUGUAGGUGGGAGACCUGAGGUCAGAUAAGUUACCCUUUCAUCUCACUGCGUCCUUAUUCACUUUGUUGUGAAUUUUAGGGAAACCAGAAGUUGAGGAAGUGUAUGAAAGUAUGUUAUGUAUUGAAAGGACAUAUGUUAAGGGCAUAUUCAGUUGAUGUGAACACAGCCGUGUGAGUUGAUGUGAACACAGCCGUGUGAGUUGAUGUGGCUGCUAUAUCACUACUAGUCAUUGAGUACGAUUGCUUUCUGAAUGCUAUAAAAUCUUUAUGAAUUACAUAUGAAAAAGUAAAAUGUAUCUCAGUUUUUAUAAAUAACAUUCAAAUGAUGCAGAGUAAUCAAUUUACAAAUCAAAUUUUUGUGGGGUAUAAUUUAAUUUUAAUUAGAAACAGUAAUUUACCUGUUCAUUUGUUGACAAUUUUGAGAGUUCUACUCCCACAGCCUUUCCUGGUGAAUUUCUAGUCUUCGUUGCUCGAAAGCCGAUGUAACCAACACAGCCAGGCUGAUCCAGUAACUCCAGCAGGAACUUGUCAAGCUCUCUCUCGAAAGCUCUCACUGUUGUUCCUGCGACAUUUCUUACAUUUGUUGGGAGGAGAUCAUAUAGCCGUGCGCCUCUGAUAUUUACAAUGCUUGAGGCAGAGAUGCACCUUCAUUUCUCUAUUGUUCAAGACAUUAAGUCAAAGCUCCGUCCACCAUGUGAUAAAUGUUGUUGGUUGUUUCCAAGGGAAAUAGACUGAUAUGCAAGUAUGUGCAAGUACAGGAGUAGAGCUGUGCUCAUUGCGGUUCUUCUUCUCUAUUUAAUUAAACAUAAAUACUAAAGUAUUUGUAAAGUUUCUAGUGGCCUUCACACAUGCUGACUCUUGGAGCGACUCCAACUGUCUUGUUUCAGACCCACUCCAACCCAUCUACUCUGUGCUGCUCCAGUCAUCUACUUUUGGAACUGUUCUAACAAUCUGGUCUUGGAACCACUGCACUCAUUUGUCCUCACUACUGUUCCAACUAUCUGCUUUUGGUCCAAGUCCAACCAUCUGCUAUUGGAGCUGGUCUAACCAUCUGUUACUUAGUUUAUGAAGGACUUCUUUCUUGUCAUUUCUAUACAGUCUUUUAAGCAAUUUGAAAAUGCAACUUAAUUUUGGACUGAAGUGAUGGUUGAACCAAAUCUUCCUAUGUGCCAUUUAUUACCUUCUACAUUAUCAUCAUAUAUCUUGCUGUUCAUUCCUUCCAACGUCUUUAGUCUUUCUUCGUGCUGUAGUUCAUAUUUCUUUAUCCUCAGAUCCAUUUUCAUGUAUCAUCUCUUCAAGUUCAGUUUGGCCUCUUGCAUAACCUCUAUAAGGAGAGUUUAGCCUCUUGUAUCACCUCUCAAAGGUUAACUUUCUUAACUAAUAAAUGAGCAAAUGUUCUAUAAAAUUCUACCUUGCUUUCCUGUACACUGGCAUUUACAAAUUCUAAUUUCUCCUAAAUCAUAUCCUUUGUUUGUAGUAAAUUUUGUUUCCUUCCUUUGUAUACCUGAUGUUUAUUUAUGUCAUUUAUUUUACUGGUUUCCCAUGUAUUUGGUAGCUUAACUUCACUGGAAUGAUCUUUCACUAAUUCAUUUAACAUUUGAAUUCCAUCUACAGUCUUGAUUUUCAGCUGUAAGAUUAACUUUUUUAUUUUCAAGGUGAUUGUUUACAUCCAUUAGGUCAAAUGUUUUUCUUUAAUGGCUCCUGUUUUUCACCUCAAGUUUUCUCACCAUAUUUAUAAUAUAUUCCAGGCUUACCUUGUCUAAAAAGUCACAAGAAUCUUCUCUACUUUGUUCCAUGUCUUGUGGAAGCAACGCCGUUGUGUCCGCACCUGCCAUGUUGGGCGUGUGCUCAUACAUGUGCCUCUGUAUUAAUGGGUUAACCUGACUGGCAAGGUUCUGUUUAUAUUAAAAUUAAUAGCAAGAUCUUAAAUAUUGUAUAAUUUAGUAGUUAUUUAUGCAUAGUCACAGAGAUGUCACACUUGUGUAGGUUGCUUCAUUAUUACUCUUAUUGACACUUGAUACUGAUAUAUAGUCAUGUCUAUGAUAAAUUUAGUACAGUUAUAAGUGUCCUUAUUUUAACAGGAAUAGUUAUAUAUUUGAAUAAAUAUAACCUAACCCACGUAAAUGACAAGAAAUGAAAGUGAUGAAAUUUCGGUCCGUCCUGGACCUUCAUCAAGUUGUAACGUAGCAAAAGUGGGACUGUGUGUCAAGGUCAGGUGUGGGUUGGGCUAUUUAUCUCACCUACAUUAUUGUGACUUAUUCUCUGCAUAUUUUAAUACAAAAAUUUGCACAACUGAUAUUGACUCUUGGCACUAAUGAAAUACAGUACUGUACUGGACCCCCAAGGAGAGAUUGGUUGGCUAUGAUUCCUCCAUUAUGCAAUAUCAGUACAGUGGAACUUUCUUUUUAUUGUUUAUUUUAUUUGUCCUACAUUUACACAGAUUUUACACAUGACGGCUAGCUGCACCUCCCCAGAAGUGAUACUGUUGUAUAAAUAUUUUAUAUAUCAAUGUCUCAUGAGUGCUAAAUGGCUCCUUGCCUCAAUACCUCUUACCUUUGGCUUAAAAAUACCCUUUAUAUGCCAUGGUCCAACCAAUUGGACUGGUUAGUACAGUGAUGCCCUUGCUUUUUGCAGGUCAGCAUUCAACUCUCGGCGGUCCAAGUAAUUGGGCACCAUUUUUUCACUAUGCUCCUAUCCCAGCUCCUUGUCCUCAUAUCCCUUCCAUGUGCUAUAUAAAUUCAUACUGACUCAAUGAUUUCUCCUCAUAAUUUCUUCCUUUGGCUUAAAACCAUCGUCAUCCCUAUUCCUUGACACCCGGAUCCUUCUGGGAGUGCCGGUCACUGGAGACGGUCAGCCUCUUGCAAUCACACCCAGACAUUAUGCUCGCACAAUAAGUGUUAGAAGGAACACUUGCAGAGACAUUUAUGUUUGCUAAUCCUCCUUUUUCCUCUGUUUUCUUUAGGGACAUCAUUGACAAACUUUAGAUUUUGUAUAAAAUCUUUAUUGUAUACAAAUUUGUUUAUCUUAUUCAGUAAACACUGAAAGCAA